AUGAUGACAAAUCCGUCAUACUAUUUACGACCACUCUUACAGCAACCAAUAUCAUCAUCAAAUUUUCUUCUAUUAAAUCAAAUUCGUACUUAUAGACAAAAAGAUAUGUUACGACGCCGAUGUAAAGAUUGUUAUAAAGUAUGGCGUUAUGGUCGCUUAUAUAUUGAUUGUCCAAAACAUCCAAAACAUAAAACAAAAACAAUAACUUCAUUCGAGAAAGGAUGGGAACAUUUGGAUUGGCGGUUGUAA